UUUCUUCACAAAUGAAAGUUGCACUUGAGACUUACAAGUGCGUCCGCGCUACGUUUUCACUGCAUUGUCUUAACCCAGUGGAUAAGCGUGGGGCACAUAUAUCAGCCAUCCUGUCUCACUGUUGUUGAGUUGUUCAAAGUAUAAAUUUUUAAAAUAUAGUAAAGAUUGCUGUAUUGACCGAUUAUUUCAGGCUGUGUAAAUAUUUCAAGUUUUGAUAGACAACCUAGUUUCGGAAGGUUUUAAUUACAUGUGGGGGCCGUGCAGAUUUUUGAGUUGUAUUUAUCGUGUUCGUGGAUCAUCACAAUUCCUACAAAUUCAUCAACGAAGUGUCACAUCUUUGUACAGUCCCGUAUUAUUGCGGCAAACAUUCUCGCAAUAUAGUACAGCCUUCAAAACAACUGAAGAUGAAAAUCCGAAACAUACAAUUAUUACUGAUAAUGAACGUAGUUGUGGUUCAAAAGUGAAAGUAGGAUUUCGAGCGGAGACUCAAAAAUUACUGGAUAUCGUUGCAAAAUCUCUAUACUCAGACAAAGAGGUGUUUGUUCGUGAGUUGGUUUCAAAUGCCAGUGAUGCUAUUGAACGUCUGAAGUUUCAGCGCCUUUCUGGUCAAGUUCAAUCCAUUUCAGAAGAUUUACCUUUAGAAAUACACAUCAAGACAGAUGAAGCUAGAAAAAUCUUUGUUAUUCAAGAUACGGGGAUCGGAAUGUCUAAAAGUGAAUUAGAGAAAAAUCUUGGGACAAUAGCCCGUUCUGGAAGCCGAGAGUUCGUCUCUAAUUUAGGUGGUGAUCAAGAAAAUCAGAAAUCUGUUGAUAUCAUUGGCCAAUUUGGAGUCGGUUUUUACGCUUGCUUCAUGGUGGCUGAUAAAGUUGAUGUAUAUUCACGCAGUCACACAGAAAGUAGUGCACAAGGACUUGGAAGUCAUUGGUCCUCCUCUGGUCUUGAGGGUGAAUACGAAAUUGGUGAUGCCGAAGAUGUUAGUUUUGGUACGAAAAUUGUGCUGCAUUUAAAAGACUCAGCUUCUGAAUUCGCAAAAGAUGAGGUUCUGGAACGCAUUCUUCGUAAAUAUAGCAACUUUAUCAGUACUCCAGUUUUCCUAAAUGGUCGACGCAUCAAUGUUAUAGAACCAUUAUGGAUGAAAGACCAAUCACAAGUAUCUGAUGAAGAGCAUACUUCAUUUUUUCAAUAUCUCUCUGGCAAUACGUAUGAUAGUCCACGUUACACCUUUUCAUACAAAACGGAUGCACCAUUAAAUUUACGUGUACUUCUUUAUGUACCAAACUGGAAACCGAGCGUAUUUGAUAUGGCACGUGAUUCGGAUAAUGGUGUUGCACUGUACAGUCGUAAAGUUAUGAUAAUGAAUCGUACGGAAGCACUUUUACCUAAAUGGCUUCGUUUUCUCCGGGGUGUUGUUGACAGCGAAGAUAUUCCUUUGAACUUGAGUAGGGAACUACUUCAAGACAAUUCGUUAAUACGUCGUAUUAACCGACUACUGACUGUCAGAUUCCUCAAGUUCUUAUCUCAACAAGCAUCACGUGAUGCAAGCAAAUUUAUCAACUUUCUGGAGGAUUAUGGUCUUUACCUUAAAGAAGGACUGGUCAUGGAAGGAGAUCAGCAGUUACGAGAAGAAAUAGCUAAAUUAUUACGAUGGGAGUCAAGUGUUCUGCCUGCUGGUCAAACCACAUCUCUGGAUGAAUAUGCUAGUCGAAUGUAUGCAGGUCAGCGAAAUAUUUACUUUUUGACAGCCCCUAGCAGGCAGCUAGCCGAAAAUUCUCCAUACUUGGAAGCUGCGCGUAAAAAGCAUCCAAAUGCUGAGGUUCUGUUUUUGUAUGAAGCAUACGAUGAACUUGUUCUUAUGCAGUUACAUCAAUAUGAUAAGAAGACGCUUACAUCAGUUGAAACUAUGAUUGCUGAUGAUUUAACAGAUACUGAUUCUGUUGGACCUGAACGUGAAAAUUGUUUAAAACAGGAUGAAGCCACUGAGUUAGUGGAGUGGGCAGAGAAAGUACUUGGCCCCAAAGUCAAAAAAGUGAAAGUUACUCGGAGAUUAAGUACUCAUCCUUGCUUUGUUAGUGUUCGUGAAGCAGGAGCUAUGCGUCAUUUUCUGCGAACAACAUUGGCUGAUAGACCAGCUGAAGAAAGAUAUCAUGUUAUUGAACCAAUCUUGGAACUUAAUCCUGAACAUGAACUUGUUCGAUAUCUUUAUAAGUUAGUUCAUGAUUCUAAGAGUGCUGAGCAGAGUGGAGAGAUCGCUCUAGCUGUAUGUAUUUUGGAUCAUUUAUACGAUUUGGCUAUGGCACAAGCAGGCCUUCAAGAUGAUGUUCGAGGACUUGCUUCUCGAAUGACAAAUUUGAUCACACAAUUAAUAGAAAAGACUCGAUAAAUAUCAUUCUCUUCAAAAAAUGAUGCAUUUGCCGUUUUUAUCCUUUUGAAAUAAACUAAUUUGAUAAUUAUAUAUAUAUAUAUAUAUAUAUAUAUAUAUAUAUAUAUAUAUAUAUAUAUAUAUAUAUAUAUAUACUUUCUUGUUGUUCCGAGUAGGUAUGUUUGUUUUAUGCCAUAAAAACUGAACAAUAAAACGGUUUUCUCAUUAAGAUUUGAGCGCC